UUCUCCGCUGAUGGACGGAACCCAGACCGAACACAGUCUGGAAGAGACGAGAGCGAGAGCAGGAGCGCACGCCUGGUUCCGUAUGCGCAACAAUGGAGCUUGGAGGCACGCUGUGGUGUUAGAGAAUAUCAAAGCCUGCGUCUUUUGGUGCCUGUUUGUGCCCAGCGACAGGAUGCGCAGCGGCAGCAUCUCCGUGGAUCUUUAACGACCCUAAUGCGGGAUGUAUGUACUUCAAACCGCCUGUGGAUGCAAGGAAAAGUAGUGGAUUCUUAAUUUGGUGGAAGAAAGCGCGGGGAAACGAAUCGAAUUGUCAUUUUAUUUCUCUCUCUUUUUGCGGCUCUUCCAUCAGCUCUGCGCAGGAGGAGGUGGAUCGCCAAGAAGUUUGCGCGCGGCGUCAGUAUUUUAACAAACACCGAUUGCAGCUAAAGUGAACAUCUUCCUGUUCCUUUUUUGAUUCUUUCUAACAGAGGAUGAUGAUGAUGAAGUAGUGCUGAGGUUCCUGGAGAGGCAGGAGACCGGGGCUUGGGCGCACCGUGUCUGCGCGUCGACGGCACAACCUGGAAACGAUCGGCGUCUCUCAAGACGCACCAAAUAAAAACCCCAACACCAAGACCUUCAUCUCAUCCUCUCCUUCUCGCCAACUGGGUGUUUUUUCCCCCUUCUUCAGGCUGGUGUGGACUUUACAGCCACGACACAAACUGAUCAUGCGAUGACUGAGCGCGCUUUGGGCACAUUUUCAGAAUCCAUUACAGGAGGUGAAUGAUGGCCGAGGAUGGGGGAAAUCUCUCCGAGGGCUCCGACGCCCGGGGCUCGGAGGGUCGCUCCUCUCUGCCGAGGACUUUCAUCCGGCUCAACGACCUGUCCGGGGUCGGGAUAGGCAGCGGGGAGAGCGCUGAGGUCGCCGUGGAGCCGGCGUCCCCGGUGCCCCUGGCGCCCCCGGCGCCCGACAGGGUCUCCAUAGGCGGGGAGGAAGCGUCUGCGAGCGGCGAGGACACGCUGCCUUACCCCACGCUGGCCCCCGUGGUCUUCUUCUACCUGAAACAGACCACGCGGCCUCGGAGCUGGUGUCUCAAGAUGGUGUGCAACCCGUGGUUUGAGCGCGCGUCCAUGUUGGUGAUCCUGCUGAACUGCGUGACACUGGGCAUGUUCCAUCCCUGCGAGGACAGCCAAUGUGACACUGAGAGGUGCAGGAUCCUGCAGGACUUUGACGACUUCAUCUUUGCGUUCUUCGCCAUCGAGAUGGUGAUCAAGAUGGUGGCUCUGGGGAUUUUUGGCAAGAAGUGUUACCUCGGUGACACAUGGAACCGCUUGGACUUCUUCAUUGUGCUGGCCGGGAUGCUGGAGUACUCCCUCAACCUGCAGAACGUCAGCUUCUCAGCCGUGAGGACGGUUCGCGUGCUGAGACCACUGAGAGCCAUCAACCGCGUGCCAAGUAUGCGGAUCCUGGUGACUCUGCUCCUCGACACCCUGCCUAUGCUGGGAAACGUGCUGCUGCUCUGCUUCUUCGUCUUCUUCAUAUUCGGCAUCGUGGGCGUCCAGCUGUGGGCCGGUCUGCUCAGAAACCGCUGCUUUGUGGAAGACAACUUCUCUUUCCCCCUGUCUGUGAAGGCGGAGAAGCUGCACGAUUACUACCAGACCGAAAAUGACGACGAGGGCCCCUUCAUCUGCUCUCAGCGACGGGACAACGGCAUGAGGGACUGCGGCUCGGUGCCCAAGCUGUACGAGGGAGUCGUGCAGUGCAACCUGGACAUGGAGUCUUACAACAACACCGACAACACCACUUGCGUCAACUGGAACCAGUACUACACCAAGUGCACCGCUGGCCCGCGCAACCCUUUCAAGGAUGCCAUCAACUUUGACAACAUCUGCUAUGCCUGGAUCGCCAUCUUUCAGGUGAUUACUUUGGAGGGCUGGGUGGAUAUCAUGUACUUUGUGAUGGAUGCGCACUCCUUCUACAACUUCAUCUACUUCAUCCUACUAAUUAUCAUCGGCUCAUUCUUCAUGAUCAAUCUGUGCCUGGUCGUCAUCGCAACUCAGUUCUCGGAGACCAAGCAGAGGGAGAGCCAGCUGAUGAAGGAGCAGCGGGUGCGCUUCAUGUCCAACGCUAGCACACUGGCCUCCCUCUCAGAGCCAGGAUCCUGCUAUGAUGAGCUCCUCAAGUACCUGGUUCAUAUUAUCCAAAAGGGGGCCAAACAAGUGGCCCAUGUCUGCAGGUUCUUGGCUCGGCGUGCUGGGUUCAACAUAGCUGCUACGCCCCCACCCGUGGAGCCUCAACGUAGCCAGAGUCAGAGGAGGAGGAGGAGGAAGUCUUCCUGCAAGGGAUCUGUGUCUGUUCAUCACAUGGUGCACCAUCACCACCACCACCACCACUACCACCUGGGAAAUGGAAGUAUCAGGAGAGGAGGGAGUAUACGAUGUAUGGAGGGUAGGGAUGUGGAAGCUGGAGCUCAUAACAACAAUGGAGGGGGUCUUACAACGGACAGUGGACAUCUUGCUUUGGCGUCACCCACUUCUGUAACAGCAGCCACCUCUGAUUCAAACCUUGUCACUUUGUCCAAUCCUACUGUGGGAGCUGCAGAUUUAGCUUCAGUUCGCAACGCAUUCAACGUGGAAGCUCUUUGCAGUACCCCUUCAGGUACAUGGACGGGGCCAACUCCAGGCUCCUUCUCUCUGGCCCCGGCUCCUGUGUCAAGGGCCAUGAAGAGGAACUCCGUGCCCUUUGCCGCACCAGGUCCCAAAAACUAUCCCACCUUGCAGGCCCGAGCACUGGAAGAGGCCAGACGUGGGAGUAUUGCAACAAGCACUCUGACCAGCAUCAACUUCAACCUCAAUAUCCCACCAAAUGCCAUGGAGAGACGAUCGACCCUGGUGGACACACACUCCCCCACAGCCCAGCUCUCCAGCCAGCUGUCGGCCCGCGACCUCAGCGCCAUCGACACGGCCGCUUUCACGCUGGAUCCCGAGAGCUGCCCCUACUGUGCCAAGGCCCUGGCUAACGAAUCGGAGGGCAACGAGACCCCCGGUGACUCCGACAGCGAGGGCGUGUACGAGUUCACCCAGGACGUCCACCACAGGGACAGGAGGGACAGCCGGCAGCCCAAAAAGAAGCACUGUAGCCUGGGCAAAACAGCGGCGAGGGUGGUUCACUUCUGGAGGCUGGUGUGCGACACUUUCCGGAAGAUCGUCGACAGCAAGUACUUUGGACGUGGGAUUAUGAUCGCCAUCCUGAUCAAUACUCUAAGCAUGGGAAUCGAGUACCAUGAACAGCCUGAUGAGUUGACCAAUGCACUGGAGAUCAGUAACAUCGUGUUCACCAGCCUCUUCUCCCUGGAGAUGCUGUUGAAGGUUUUGGUUUACGGGCCCUUUGGCUACAUCAAGAACCCCUACAAUAUCUUUGAUGGCAUCAUCGUGGUUAUUAGUGUGUGGGAGAUUGUUGGCCAGCAGGGCGGCGGCCUCUCGGUGCUCAGAACCUUCCGGCUGAUGCGGGUGUUGAAGUUGGUGCGCUUCAUGCCGGCACUGCAGAGGCAGCUGGUGGUGCUGAUGAAGACCAUGGACAACGUGGCCACCUUCUGCAUGCUCCUCAUGCUCUUCAUCUUCAUCUUCAGUAUUCUGGGGAUGCAUCUGUUUGGCUGCAAGUUUGGCUCGGAGAGGGACGAGGACACUCUGCCAGACAGGAAGAACUUUGACUCUCUUCUCUGGGCCAUCGUGACCGUCUUCCAGAUCCUCACACAGGAAGACUGGAACAAGGUGUUAUACAACGGCAUGGCGUCCACCACUCCCGUCGCCGCCCUCUACUUCAUCGCCCUCAUGACCUUCGGGAAUUACGUCCUCUUCAACUUGCUGGUGGCCAUCUUGGUGGAAGGUUUCCAGACAGAGGGUGAUGAUUCUAAAGCAGGUUCGGAGAUUGAUUCCUUCGCACGGAGUUUGGAGGAUGUUAACGGCAGCAAGAAGGAUUUAUCAGCCUCUGCAGUGCCUGUAAAUGGCCACGUGGACCUGAAGACCAACCUGACCCCCCCUCUUAUUACUCACACGGCCGCCACCCCCAUGCCCAUACCCAAGCUGCCCAUCGGAGGUGACCCCAUCCUGGGCUAUGAGUCACGUCGAGGCAGCAGCGUCUCCAUGGACCCGGCCUGCUAUGACAAAUCACCGGCUAGUGCCCGAAGUGUCUCGCCCUACGCCCCAUGGAGCUCAGGCAGUGGGUGGACCAGCCGAAGAUCCAGCUGGAACAGCCAGGGUCGCGUCCCGUCAAUCAAACGCCAGAAGAGACUGUCCGGGGAGCGGCGCUCGCUACUCUCCGAGGAGGGCGGCUCCAGCUCAGAAGAUGGGGAGGGUGGAGGAGAUGGAGGAGGAGGAGGAGGAGGAGGGUUAAUGGAGGAUGAUAACGCCUCCCUGGCCAGGACUGACUCCAUGUCGCAGUCGCACAGAGGUCCACGACAUCGGAGGAUGGAAUCAGUGGAGACUCGGAGCUCCAUGGAUUUGCCCCCUGAUGCUCUGCUCCAGGUGCCGUACUUGUACCGCUCGGCCAGCAUGCACAGCUCAAGACCCCCUUCACUGAGCCACCUGCGGCCCAUAGAGCACAGUGACUGCAACGGAAAGGGCUCUUUAUCAGUACUGGGUCCAACACAUGUCUCACUGGAGGACAACACUGAAGACGAAAACGCGGAGGAGGAGCCUCAUCUGGGUCGUUUUGCCAGAUUGUUCCGCUGGUUGGAGAAGAAGCAGCCGGAGUAUUGUCGACAGAGAGACACCUGGUCCCUCUACCUCUUCCCUCCAGAGUCCAGGUUUCGGAUCGUGUGCAACAAGAUCAUCGCCCACAAGAUGUUCGACCACAUCGUGUUGAUCAUCAUCUUCCUCAACUGCAUCACAAUCGCCAUGGAGAGGCCUCGCAUCGACCCCACCAGCGCUGAGCGGCUCUUCCUCACGCUGUCCAACUACAUCUUCACGGCGAUCUUCGUGACGGAGAUGACAGUAAAGAUUGUGGCGCUGGGCUGGUGUUUCGGGGACAAGUCGUACCUGAGGAGCAGCUGGAACAUUCUGGACGGGAUGCUGGUGAUGAUUUCCGUCAUUGACAUCCUGGUGUCGCUCAUCUCCAACUCGGGCACCAAGAUCCUGGGCAUGCUGCGAGUGCUGAGGCUGCUGAGGACCCUGAGGCCGCUACGGGUGAUCAGCAGAGCCCCAGGGCUGAAGCUGGUGGUGGAGACCCUGAUGUCAUCACUGAAGCCCAUCGGCAACAUUGUGGUCAUCUGCUGCGCCUUCUUCAUCAUCUUUGGCAUCUUGGGAGUGCAGCUCUUCAAGGGGAAGUUUUUCUUCUGUCAAGGUUUAGAACAUAAUGUGAAGAACAUCACCAACAGGUCAGACUGUGUGCAGGCCAACUACAAAUGGAUCAGACACAAGUACAACUUUGACAACCUCGGACAGGCCUUAAUGUCUCUGUUUGUUCUGGCGUCAAAAGACGGUUGGGUGGACAUAAUGUAUAAUGGACUGGAUGCUGUAGGAGUGGACAAACAGCCAGAAUUGAACUACAACCCAUGGAUGCUGCUUUACUUCAUCUCGUUCCUGCUGAUCGUGGCCUUCUUCGUGCUCAACAUGUUCGUGGGCGUGGUGGUGGAGAACUUCCACAAGUGCCGGCGCCACCAGGAGGCCGAGGAGGCCAAGCUCAGGGAGGCGAAGAGAUUGAAACGCAGGGAGAAAAAGAGACGGAAUUUAAUGGUUCCGGGGGUGAGUUGGGCCCUUUCUGACGGCACAUUAAAAGAAGCUCAGAACAAGCCCUACUACUCCGAUUACUCCCCCACUCGCCUUCUCAUCCACAAGAUGUGCACCAGCCACUACCUGGACCUGUUCAUCACAAUCGUCAUAGGCCUCAACGUCAUCACCAUGUCCAUGGAGCACUACCAGCAACCUCAGGAGUUGGACGAGGCGCUGAAGAUCUGUAACUACAUUUUCACCCUCAUCUUUGUGCUGGAGACCGUCUUCAAGCUGGUGGCCUUCGGUUUGCGGCGCUUCUUCAAGGACAGGUGGAACCAGCUGGACCUGGCCAUUGUGCUGCUAUCUAUCAUGGGCAUCACUCUGGAGGAGAUUGAGGUCAACGCUUCACUGCCCAUCAACCCCACCAUCAUUCGCAUCAUGAGGGUGCUGAGGAUUGCACGAGUAUUGAAGCUAUUGAAGAUGGCGGUGGGGAUGAGAGCUCUGCUGGACACCGUUAUGCAAGCCCUGCCUCAGGUGGGGAAUCUGGGUCUUCUCUUCAUGCUUCUCUUCUUUAUCUAUGCAGCACUGGGAGUGGAGCUGUUUGGUGACUUGAUUUGUGACGAGCUGCACCCUUGUGAGGGUCUCGGGCGCUACGCGACAUUUAAAAACUUUGGUAUGGCGUUCCUGCUACUUUUCCGAGUUUCCACCGGAGACAACUGGAACGGCAUCAUGAAGGACACAUUAAGAGACUGUGCUCAAGACACCAACACCUGUUACAACACUGUGGUCUCCCCCAUCUACUUCGUCUCGUUCGUGCUCACCGCUCAGUUCGUCCUCGUCAACGUCGUCAUCGCCGUCCUGAUGAAGCACCUGGAAGAGAGCAACAAGGAAGCCAAAGAAGGGGCCGAGGCCGAGGCCGACCUGGAACUGGAGUUCCAGAUGGACGGAGGAGACUUGGCGACACGGUCCCCUCAGCUACACCCCCUCACGCUGGGCUUUGACAGGUCCAGUUCAGGGGGUUCACCCUGGAGGUCCACCGGAGGAGGGGACAGGGAACAGGAACGGGACGGUCCUAUGGACUCACCCCCCGCCGACAUAACCAGAGACUCUGUGAACAUCAGAGAAGACACCCCUCCGUGCCUGGACCCCCCACUGGAGUUUGUCCAGCGGAGAGCGCUGUUUGACUCGGUCUCCCUGGUCAUCCAGGGUUCAAUGGAGGGAGAGUUGAGUCUGAUGGACAACCUGUCCGGCUCUAUCUGCCACUUCUACGCGCUGCCGCCCAAGUCCAGCAAACGCAGCAGCGACAAGAUCCCUCUAGCGGAGAUGGAAGCUCUGUCUCUGGCCUCUGAGAAUUCCUGGUCCCUAGCUCUGACCGACGACUCGGCCCCCGACGAUUUUAACCCCCUCUUUCUAAGCAGCCUGGAUUGCAACCCAGAGCAGCUUGAUCCCGGGGAGCCACAGCGGGACGACCUGCUGAGUGUCAGGAAGCCCAUGGUGGGACGCACACACUCCCUGCCCAACGACAGCUACAUGUUCUUCCCCCUGCAGCCCUUUGGUCCAGCACAGCUUUUAGCUCAGUCACACGGGUACCAGUACAUGCAGGACUCCCACAGAGCCCAGUCAGGCUCCAGUGCCUCUGUGCGCUCGCAGCCGGAGGAGUUCUCCCAGCAGCUGACCGUUCCCUCUGAGCUCUUCAGACCCAUCAGUCCCCACAGCCACUCAGACUCUGAGAGUAUACCACGACUGCCUCCACCCAGGCGCACGCACACGCUCAGCCGCACGCUCCGCAGACAGGUCGCUGUGUCCACUGACUCUCAGGAGGCUCUGUGCUCAGGAGACGGGGAGAGCAGUGAAGGACUUGUAAACGUGGCCUCUCUGGGGCUCUCGUCAUCGUCUCCCUCCACCUCCUCCUCCUCCACCUCCACCUCCCCCUCCCCCGCCACUCCCUCACCCUGCUUUCAGCAGCAGCAGCAGCAGCAGCCUGCUCUCUGCCUGGUCCCUGCUACACCAGGUGCCUCCCCUAUCCCCUCGCCCCCGGGCAGCGAGCACCAACGCUGCAUCGCCUCCUACUUCCCGCCCUCUUCUUCCUCCCCCUCACCUCCUCCUCUCCCACCAGCCAGGCCCCAGCAGCAGCAGCAGCAGCAGCAGCAGGAGGAGGACCAGGAAGUGUCCCUCAUCACCUGCGUGGGGUUGGCGGGCGGAGAUGUCCUCGUGGCAGAGGACAGCGUCGACAGCAACGAGGGUUACAGCACAUACGUGGGCUGCCAGGAGAGUCGGAGUCCAUAUUUGAGACAGCUGAAAAGGUACCAUAGCGUCGACACGCAGGGCCGCAGCACUCUCCUGCCCCGCCCCCGCCCUUCCUCCUGGUUGGACGACCCGCGGCGCCACUCGGUGGAGGUCUGCCCCUCGGCAGAGUCCAGCCCACAGCGCAGCAGCGCCUCCACCUCGUCCGGCUUCGUGUCGCGGGCCGACAGCCUACAGAUCCACAGCCAGACGUCCACUCAGACUUCACUGCCCUCACCGCGACGCAAGAAGAAGAUGAGUCCACCGUGCAUCUCCGUGGACCCGCCCGACGGCCUGGAGCCACAGUCUGGCCUCUACCCGGGUCUGGGUGUGAUCAGCGGGUUAGGGAUGCCCCCUUCUUUGCCCAGCCGGGACACCUGCCUGAGGAGGAGAGCGCCCUCUAGUGACUCCAAGGACUCUUUUGACCUGGGAGCCAGUGAGAGUUCGGGUCAGGAUGGAGGCUCGCCAAACCCCAACACCAACCCCAAGCUAUUGACUCUUCCCAGUUUUUCCUUUGAGAAGACGAGCGCUGAGCACUGAACACGUCAACACACAUGGAUACACACACGCACACACACACACACACACGGACAACAGCUGGACGAACCCUCCACACACACACACACAAACACACACAAUGCACUCCCGUGUGUCUGUGAUGGUGAUAGUUUUAGUAAUAAAGCUGUAGAGAGUAAUAACGGUAAAACUACGACAACAGUAAAAACAUCCUUGGUUUCAUGAGGAGUGCAGUGCUGUAGUAGUGUGACACCCUUUGUCUUUGUAUUGUUACUGCCAAAACAACCAGAGAAGAAGAAGAGAACACGCCUGCACGCCACCGGCUGCAGCACGAACCCCCGCCCCAUAAACUCGGGUGUGACAUCAGCACCUGGGAGUGUGGCGCCCCGUGUGGCGCAGAACUGCCUGGUGUUGCACAGGGUGGACUUUGCCCCGGUCAGUGGAGGUACAAAGCAAUAUGAACGUUUUAGAGACACUAUUUUCUUAAAUUAUUGGGCCAUAGUGUUUGUACAGGAUGUUGUUGUUUUUUUUUAUUAUUAUUAUUAUUAUUUCAUUCGCUUGUUAUUUUCAUGUCUUUUUUGUGGUUUUUGUUUUUUUGUCAGAAAUGGUUUGUCUUUGUCUGGGUUUUUUUUCACUGUAGGAUAUUUCUAGCUUUCUUGGUUUACUGAGGAAAGUGGACGUUUUUUCAAAGUGGUGAAAACCAUGUAUUUGUAGGAAUAAUAUAUAUAAAUAUAUAUAUAUAUAUAAAAAAAACAACAACAAGUCAUUAAACUGAGCUUGGAUUUUUAAGCACAUGCAUCAGACGGUCGUGGUUUGAUUUCCAGACAAAGACGAUUUCUUGAUUCCUCUGUGUGUGAGUGUGUGAAUAUGAAUUUGAAAAAAAAUAACACUUUCUUUUUAAAACAAACUUGCUUUUUAGAAUUAUUAAAAUCCUCACGUUUUAGAA